AUGUCGACUCGUCGCCGCCUAGAAACGGAGGGCACGACUGGGGUAGCCACCGACACAGCCACCAAAGACAGAGACAAGCGUCCACAGCCUGCGUCCCCUCGUCAUGCGCCUAAAGAGCAUCGCCUCAAUGGAUAUCGACCUCAGCCACUAGUGGCCACCACUGUCAUUAGUGGCCACUUCAUCCACCAGUGGCCACUUUGUAGACAGCGACAGUGGCUAUUCACAGCCACCAAAGAUCGAGACAAGCGUCCGCAGCCCGCGUCCCCUCGUCAUGCGCCUAAGGAACACCGCCUCAAUGGAUACUCAACCACAGACAAGCCGACUACAGAAAAGGAAGCGGAGGUCAGGACGACGCCCGCGCCCUCUCCCGACAGACAUGCCAAGGAAACAAGCAACUCUGUGGUUACUGGUGCGACAACAAAUAGACCAGAGAGACAAAGCGUGCCGCCUUGCAAACCACGCGCGCCUGCUCCUGGCGGCGGCCCAACACUAGCUCGUUUACGCGUGGUAACAGCGCCUCCUACGUGCGUGCAAGAAUUAGCAGCCCAAGCCUCGCCUCAUACUCCAGGCGAAGCAGCCAGCCCCAGAAUCGUAGCCGAUGUGGACAGUGUACAUUCGGACACGCACUUUAAGAGAGGCGGGCGACGCGGCGGUCGCGCGAGAGCAGAUCAAAGCUACACACAAUUCGCAGUCAUGGACGAUGAGAACGUGUCAGCUUUGCAACAGGUGACAAAAGGGGGCGCGCUCACUCUGGUUUCUCUAUGGAAGUCGCAGUUCGAUGAUUCAGAAGAAACCACAGACAAUGAAUGGAAGCAGGAACAAUUACAGUCGCCAGAACACCGCUGCGGGCGCGGCCAAAGCGCUGUAUCCAGCUGUUCGAACGCUGCGCGCACUCAAUUAGGAAGGACUCACUCUACUACGCAGCAUCAGACGCAGUUGACACAACCGGUGGCGAAUCCUGCACCGCCUAGUGCACCACAGGUGUCCCCCCUCCAAGCCACUACAGCAGAGCCGCCGCCCGCCCGGCCCAGCGAGCCCGCCCGAGCGGCCCGCUGCUUGAACAUCCCUGGAAUUGAGGCCUAUCCUGCGCUUCAACCAGCUCUGCCUAGGGCCUGGACGCUGCCGGCUAUUGGUUCCCACGUGCGCUCUCUCCGCGCGCCGUUGCUCCAACAAGCGUCGUUCGACGGGCCGUGGGCGGGCGGCGGCGUGCGCUACAAGCUGGACGUCAUGCGGGGCGUGGCCUCGCGGCACCGCGCGCCCAGCCCCCCGCCCGCCCAGCACGCCAGGAGCGCGCCGAAAUGCCUACUGCCGUGGGCGGGCGGCGGCGUGCGCUACAAGCUGGACGUCAUGCGGGGCGUGGCCUCGCGGCACCGCGCGCCCAGCCCCCCGCCCGCCCAGCACGCCAGGAGCGCGCCGUCUCUCUGCGUGCGCUACAAGCUGGACGUCAUGCGGGGCGUGGCCUCGCGGCACCGCGCGCCCAGCCCCCCGCCCGCCCAGCACGCCAGGAGCGCGCCGAGCCUGUCAAGUACCUCUGGUAACAGCCCGCCGCGCGCGGUCCCCAAACCUGCCGAGACCGAAGGCCCGACCGUGUCGUCCCGGCUCGAGAUACGCGUGCGUCCGCCCGACUCGGCCAGCCCGGGGCAUGAGGUCAAGAUACACUCCGUCGUGAGCGGGGAGCCGACGCGGCCCGACGACGCUUCUGUCUACUACGACGCGACGGAGCACCAGCGGGACAAACGGUCGUCGACACGCAGCGGAGACAAGAGCCAAAGUCCAGCAGUGGAGAAGACUCGGUUAGACGCGAUACCUGACAGUAACAGUCCGCCAGCGAAUAAAAAGGAAACUACAAGCGGUUCCGGCGACGGAUCUCAGAGCAUGAAAGACCGAUGGUGGUGCGGCACGGCGUCCCGUAUCCCGGUAGCGAUGGGCGAGGCGCGUCUCGCCAAGUGUCUCUCGUGGAGCGGGGACGGGCCUCUGGCGCCGCCCGCCGCGCCUCCGCCGCCCCCGCUCGAUAACAAGGAUCUAACACCAGGGCUGAGACGGCGGCGAGCGAACCCCAACGACAAAUACGCGGUGGACCCGGCGCGGGAGUUGAAUCUGCGUUUCGCGCGCCUCCGCCAUCGCUGCCCACAGCAUUCGCGCUCGCCGCCCACCAGAAGCGAGUCCCGCGGCGUGCCGUCGCUGCUCAUGUCGUCGCCGCCCGCGUCGGGCUCGUCGUCGUCGGGCUCGCCGCCGCCCGCGCCGCGCGCGCCCGCCGCGCCGCACCACAACGCAGCGCGCGCGCGACGCUUCCGACCGCUCUCCAUCGCGCCAUAG